CUUUCAGCUGUCAGCUGUCUUCAUCGUUCCAAGCUGUAACCAGUGUGUAUUCUGUGUUAGAUAUGUCAACACAUAUCUUAAAUUCUUUUGACCUCAGUUGUCUCACAAUGAACCCGUUCAGUGAAUAAUUAUGUCUCAAUAUGUGACGACGUUGUGUCUUUUCAGUACCAACUUGUUUUUCACAAUCGUCAUGUGGCUAAAUAGAUUACGUCUUAGUCGAACACUUUUGACUGUCCAGAGGCGUGACUCAUUUGCAAAACAAAAUGGUGUGCUUUUCAUAAAACAAUAAAUCAAUAUUAAUAAAAAAACAGAUUGGUCAACUAAACUGUGAAAUAUUUAAAGGGUGUGGCUGUAUGAUAAUUACCCAUUCUGUCCGUGUGUUGCUGGCAUCUGUGGGACUGUUCCACACCACUGGGCUCUUUUUGCUGUGGCUGUGUGUGUGGCUGUGUGCUACCCGCGGCAGGCUGGCCGGCCCCUGUCCUUGAGCCGAGAUGUGCGAAUGGGACUCUGCCUGGGCAGGCGUGGGGCCGUCACUUCCUCUCCCUGCCUCCCUCAGCCAAUUGGCCGGUUCAGCUGAGUGGCGGCAUUGCUCACCGGCCUGCCCUAAAGCCUAAAGUCCCCCAGUUCCCCCAACCCCCUCUCUCCUUCCCUCCCUCCCUUCUGGUCAACAGAGCAGCUGACCCUCCCAUCCCCUCCCCACACCCCCCCUGCACUCGCACACCCGUGCCACAUGCGGCUCCUGCAGUUUGAGUCAGUGGAUAAAGUUGCGCUAGCCAGCCUGUUUGCCAGUCUGUUCUGUGCUGCUCCCUCGGCCUACCCACACACGCGAGCAAGCUCUGCAGCUCAACUGAGCCUCUGAAGACACCAUGGACAGUGCUGCUAACGCCAGAGACGCGCCUCCUCAGGGGAGCUCCGGAGAGGAGGUAGAGACAGCGCGGGAGGCCGCGGCAGCAUCGGAAGGGGCGGUGGCGGCGGCGGGGGAAGAGGUGGAAGAUGAGGAGGAGGAGGCGGAGGACGGGGAGUCGGCCGCAGUCAGGGCCACGCGGGAGGCGGAGAGGGCCAAAGCGGAGGCCGCGGCCGCCAGGGAGAAGGCGGCGCAGAGGCAGUUCCUGACCAUGGAGGAGCUGGUCUCCACGGAGAGGAGCUACCUGAGACACCUGCAGCUCGCCACCGUGACCAUCAGAGGCAACCUGCAGAAACUCCAGCCCGCGCCGGCCAAUCUGGAGGCCAUGUUCCUGCACAUCGAGGGGGUGAUGGACGUGUCCAGAUGCCUCCUCAGCCGGCUGGACCAGACCCCAUCCUCUGAUCCCAAGUUCCUUCACUCUCUGUGUGAUGCCUUCCUUUGUCUGGCAGCAGACAUGGAGAUGGCCUACAAGGAGUACCUGGCCAACUACAAUAACAUCACCGCUCAGGAGAACAGCUAUAAACAGAAGGAGGCCUUCUGGAACGAGAUGGUGAAAGUCAUCAAGUCCUCUGCGCCGGAGGUCAAUGCCACGUCCCUGACGUUCUUCCUGGUGAUGCCGGUCCAGAGGAUCGCCCGCUACCCCAUGCUCCUGCAGACCAUCCAGAAGCACACCGACCCCCAGCACCCGGCCUAUUCCGUCCUGGAGGAGGCCGCCCGGGCCACCGUGGAGAUCAACUGCAGGAUCAACGAGUACAAGCGCUUCCGAGAAGUGGCGGACAAGUACAAGAAAAGCGAGGUCCUGACGAUGAAGGACAUGAUCAACAGGCUGAACGGGCACAGCAUUGCCAAGAAGACCGCCCGCCUGAGCCAGCUCAUCAAGCACGAAACGGGGAUGGUGCCGAAGCUGAAGGAUGAGGAGUUUGAUGCCCUGGAGGGGUUUUUCUAUGUCUUGGAGAAGGGAAUCACGGACUUGCAUAAAAAUGUGGCUGCCUAUCUGGGGCAUCUGCAGAAGUUCACCGAGUGCAGGCCGGAGGAGCAGGACCUGGACAUCGACAGCGAGAAGUCCGCUGUGUUCUAUAAGGAGAUCUCCACGGCGCUGAGACAGUGGAUAUACCCCGUGUUUGAGCGCAGGCUGAACGCGCUGGUGUUCAGGCCCCUGUGCGCGCUGCGGGACCUGCUGGCCGGCCCGCGCAACCUGCUGCGCAAGCGGCUGCACAAGCUGCUGGACUUCGAGCUGCUGGAGGAGAAGGCCAGCCUGAGCUACGAGGAGCAGGCGGCGGCCGGGGACUACCGCACCCUCCACGCCCUGCUGCUGGCCGAGCUGCCCCUGUUCAACAGCGCCGCCCUGCAGCUGCUCUGGGGCGCGCUGGGCGCCUUCAGCCGCCUGCUCCGCGACCUGGCCUCCGACGUGGAGCAGCUGUGCGCCGGGUACACCCAGCAGCUUCCUCACAGCUCCAUGGAGCCCAGUGCAUUCUGGGAGUGGGCGGACGGCUCCGUUCUGGAGGGGGCGAAGAGGCUGGAGAGUCUGUGCCGGAGCAUGGAGGAGGAAAUGAAUGCCCCCAUUGUGCAGCCCCUCAGCCCCGCCUCUCAGAAGCGGCUGAAGAGUCUGACGGAGAAGCACGGCUCCGGAAAGAUCUACCAGCUGAGCAGCCAUGUUGCGGGCAGCCGUGACCUGGACCUGAGCCUGCAGAGGGGCGAGCUGGUGGCCGUGCUGAGCGAGAUGGACACGCGGGGGGAUCGCCGGCGCUGGCUGGUGGACGCUGGGGGUCCCAGGGGGUACGCGCCGUCCUCCAAGCUGGUCCGCUAUCACCAGGUGACGUUCGACCCGCCCCCGUCCCCGUCCCCGCAUUUCACCGCCCCGCCGGGCGGGGCCGAGAACCGGAGACACUCCUACACCCCGGAGGCACGCCCACGCCUCGCCAUGGCCCUGCCUUGCUUCCAGGUGUGCGCUGGCUACGACUUCCGAGCGCGGAGCAGCCACGAGGUGACCCUGCGGGCCGGGGAGCCGGUCCGGGUCCUGGAGCCCCACGACAAGCGCGGGAACCCCGAGUGGAGCCUGGUGGAGGCGCACGGUCAGCGGGGGUACGUGCCCUCCAACUACCUGACGGUGCUGCCCUCCAACUACCUGGCCCCACCCCCCUCCUCCUCCUACCGCUAGUCGCCGGCUGUGGACCUGCCUGUGCCCGCGCCUUCUUAAGCCGCUCCCCUGUGUGUGAACCCUGUGGGCGUGGUUUUCGCUCUGUCCGUCUGCGUGGAUUGACAGCUGAUGCCCCCCCUCCGUCCACUGCCGUCGCCACUGAAGCCACUGAAGCCACGUGGACUUGAGGCUUCUGCAUCCCAGCCAGCUUCUGCUCGUCCUGGAGGAACUGGAAAUAGAAAACCAAGAAGAACAAAAAAAAUCUACCUGGCAUAGAUGAAGUCUGGAUUGAUGGAAUCAAUCCCGUUGAGCAUUUUCAGGAUUUACAGACUUCCUGUGCAUCCCUGGCUAAUCUGCACGCCACGCUCAAACUGCUGACUCUUUUUCGCGUGACGCAUCUGGACCAGGCCUGUUUGCAGAUGGGCCAGGCCUGUUCGCGGAAACGACUCGCUCGCGGCUCUGUUCGUGCCUACCUUCAACUUUCAGACGACUAUUUUUAGUGUGUUUCAGUUCUUCAGAUUUUAAUUCGUUCCAUUAUACCUCUGCAAGUUUAUAAGCAUGAUUAGUAGACCUACUCUUUGCUCGUAGAUACUUAUACAGUUAACAGUGCAUUCUUUCCUCGUGUUUCAAACUAUAAGGAUACAUGUAGAUCAGUCUCAGGAUGAUUGACAGUAUCCUCUAAUUUAGUUACUAUGAGUGGAUUAGGGGUGGGUGAUAUUACGAUUUUAUAUUGCCACCAGUGCAGUUUCAGCUAGGGUAUGGUUUUCAUGUGAGUCGAGGAGAUUGUUAACGUUUUUUUCUGACAAGCUACUCAGGGGAUGAUUGCUAACGAGCUAACAUGCUAAUCAGUCAGUGUCGUUGCUUUGAAUGGCCUUGAUAACCUGGACCGAUAUUUUGAGCAACGGUGAUAUAUGCAGUCACUAAUGAAGAAAAACCGCAGUGCAACUGCACAGUAUUUUCCCUCAUUCAUUUUUGGUGACCUGUGGUCACUUUCUGCUGGGCAAAUCAGCGCAAUGUUUUGUGGCAGUUUGAUAACUGCUCUUGAAAAUUCAGCCGGAACCACGGUUUCACGGUUACACAGAAAUAUGUUAGUGUUCUGCGCUCAGGCCAAGGACUUCUCGGUAUAGCCUACAUGGAGAAACUGAAAUGCUAAUGUUAAAUUCGCCCGUUUUUUUUUUAAAGCAAACUAGCAAAAAUAAUGUUAUGAUAAUCAUGUUAUCAUGAUCAUUUCGUUUAUUUAACCGCAUUAACAAAAUAUCGCGACGCGCUUCCACCGAAGGUAAAAAAAAUAAAAUAAAAAAAGCGCCCGCCCCUAGUUAGUGCUGAUGAAAGACUUCCGGAAUCUGUGUGAAAACUUUAGAGAAAGGCGGCGGCGCCACAGGUGUGCCUUUUUAUGUAUUCAGGUGAGGAGCAGCAUCUGGAGACUGUACAGCAUCUCUGCAGUGCAGUGCAGUUCAGCGAGUCUCGGAAGAACGGCCUGUCCUUACUGCAGUGUUGAUGUAACAGCAUCUAUUUUCUUCUGAGAUAUUUCUCACUUUUUUGCCACGCUGAUCAUACGAGGGCGUAUUCGAAAUGAAUUUUUUAAAUAAAAAUCGUAAGGACUCCUGCAGAUUGUGGAAAAACAUGUUACUUACCAAAAGGGGAGAGUCAGAUCAAAGAAUUUUUCUCCGAAUAUUGGAGAAACUGCUGUAGGUAUGUCUUAUAAUAUUUAAGAUUCUGAGGGAGUUUUACUGUGUACAGUAUCCGAAGGGUUAAACUAAUUAUUAGACCCAGAUCUUGCGAUGAUGGUCUUCGCGUGAUGUUUCUGUAACACAGAGACACUGUCACGUCUGUUAAGUGUCAUAGCAGCGCUAGGGGGACACUCUCCGGCUGAUGCAUGUUUUGGUCUGCAGAGUCGCUCUGCUCACUGCAGAUGCCAUUGCAGUUAUCUAAUCUCUCCACUAGGGGGUGCACAGUACCAGCUCCGGCUGCUGUUCCUCUGGUCUCAUCUGUCAUCUUCAUUACUUCAGUCAGUAUUAAUGCUAAUCCUCUCCUGUUGUACAAGCUGCAAGAUGAUAUACUGUAAACGUAAAUUAUGCGUUUGAUGAUGAAUGUCUACUUGCCUGAGCCGUAAAAGAAUGUUCCGGCUCGGUUGCAUCUCAUGUUCAGGCUGACAAAUCUCAAUUUCAGCACGUUAAAAGGUAUUUUAUGUUUGUUUAUUUAUGCUAUUUAUUUUGCAGUUUCAGGCUCGUUGACUUCUAGCAUUUGAAGCUCUGUGGGGCACUGAAACUGAAAGACAUUAGAGGUGAUCCUCUGUUGCCAAAGUAACUGGGAAUGUUUUCUUCAGUGUAUGUAUGAACAUGUAUGAACUAUGAAGUGUUGAUGUUUAAUUGCUAGGAUAAUUAGAACACACACGCCUUGCAAAUGACAGAGAAUUCAUGCUUUUGUGUCAGUUAAUUGAAUACUUUUAAGGUUAAGCUCAGCAACAGAAUAUGAGCCGUACUGGUGUGGUUAAGCUGUAAAAAAUGAAGGAUAAUUAGUGUUUUUGCCUUUUGUUCAGAGUACAUAUUACAUUGAUUAUGUUUGCACUAACAAAAAGCUGCUUGAUAGCAUAAAGUUAACAAUUACCUGGUAACACUAAA